AUGCACGAAAGUUUCUACCACCUGACAUCUUCUUCGCUCCACUCGUGGCCAUUGAUGCGCCGUGUCAUGCGCUUCAACUUCUUGCACUACCUGUACUUCCGUCUUAACGUGACAGUCUUCGAAGACCGCCUGGAAGCUGAGAGAAAGCUGCAUGCAAGUGAUGAGGACGGUACUGCUGCAGCCAGCAAGGCUAUCGAGGAAAAUGACGCUACACCUUUCGUCAAGCCGAGCGACCGAUCUAUGUUUGCUUUCCACCCCCAUGGCGUGCUUUCCAACGGGUUUGACAUCAACGACGCACACCACAUGACGUUUGAGCGCGCAGAAUGCCGCUGGCUUGUAGCCGAGAAUGUCUUCUGGUUCCCCGUGCUGCGUGAGGGUUUGAACUGGAUGGACUUCAGUAGCGUAGCCAAAGCCACUUUCCAGCGUAUCAUGCCAACGGGGCAGAGCGUGAGUCUCAUUCCUGGCGGGUUUGAAGAAGCCACACUUUACCGGCGUGGCAAACACCGCGUGUACAUCAAGAAACGCUUCGGCUUCAUCAAGAUGGCGCUGCAAUACGGAUACAAGGUGCACCCAGUCUACACGUUUGGCGAGGAGUACGCCUACCACACGUUCCCGAGCUUAGUGAAGCUUCGUCUCAAAUUGAACGAGUUUAAGCUGCCCGGCGUAGUUUCUUCAGUCGAUUCAACUGUUGCUACCUGCCGCGAGCUGACGUUGGCCUAA